UUACAUCUGGUUUGGAAUGUUUUAUCUUUUGGUUUGUUUAUGUCUCCCAUCCCCACGUUCACCGCUAUAAUAAGGCGAAAUGCCGUAGAAGAUUUCAAGCCAGAUGCUUACUUAGCCACGGUUCUCAAUUGCGCCAUGUGGGUGUUUUACGGCAUGCCCUUCGUUCAUCCUGACAGUAUCCUCGUUGUCACCAUCAAUAGCAUCGGUCUCUUCACUGAGAUUGUCUACGUUUCCAUUUUCUUCACCUACUCCCCAUGGUCUAAGAGAAAGAAGCUAUUGAUUUUUCUUCUCUGCGAAGCUAUCUUCUUUGCUUGUGUUGUGGUUAUCACGAUGAAAGUGUGGCACACUACCAAAGAGAGAACUUUUUUCGUUGGUAUUAUUUGCAUCAUCUUCAACAUAUGCAUGUAUACCUCGCCAUUGACAAUUAUGCGUCUAGUGAUCAAAACAAAGAGCGUCAAAUAUAUGCCAUUUACUCUCUCACUAGCUAGCUUCUGCAAUGGAAUCAUUUGGGCUGUUUACGCUCUACUCAAAUUCGAUCCCAAUGUUUUGAUUCCGAAUAGUUUGGGAGCACUUUCUGGGUUGAUACAGCUGAUUCUGUAUGCCACUUACUAUAGAACGACAAAAUGGGAGGAAGACGACAUCCCGAGGACUUCAGCAGUGCAAAUGAACGACGUCGUUUAG